GCGGAGCCGCACGGCCAGGCCUCCUGCGCACCGCAGUUCUCUCCAACUCCCCGCCUCCGCCGCAUCGGGGCCCAGCGCCGCCGGAGGACCUUGUCCGGAUCUGCGAAGAAAGGAAUGUCAUGAAAAAGGAGCAGAAAAGAGCCUUCAUUGUUGGUGAAAGGGGAGUUUUCUUUCCCCGCUGGUGGUUACUUCAUGAUUGGAAGAGAUGUACCUAGGUGGCUGAAGAGAUUAGAUUUUUCUAGCUGUACAGAUGAAGCUGAUAAAAGAAGACAUGAAAAUGCUUCCUCUGGGUCAUAAUAGGCUGAUAAGUAAGAAGGCCUGAAAAAGACAGAUUUGAAAUGAGGGCAGGAAUUUUGAGAUUUUUAAAACCAGGUAGGACUUUGGACACUUAUUGAGGAUGUUUUUCACCCAAAAACGAAGAAGAAAAAAUUCUCAAAGCCAGAAGUGUAAAAAGUUGAGAAGAAAAACAACCGAGUCCACCCCAAGGAUUUCAGUACUUCGUCACUUUCUUUGGGUAGACACACACACAAGGGCAUCACUCACGUUUGGUGAUUUUAUUUCUGGCGAUGGUUUCCUAUGCUAGGAAUGACUUCAUUUGGAGUUUGGAGUGCUUUUUUCUUCCUUUUUCUUUUUCUUUUUAAACAAUGUGUGUUUUGACACUUCAUGUUAAAUUUAUGCAAAGGAAGUCAAUCCUAAAGUCAUAGUAUGUUUGAGUCUAUAUAUCACUGUUUGCUCUGUGAUAUGGAAAAACUAGAGGAUUUAACAUUCCUUGAAGUUUUAUUGGAAGCAAAACUGUGUUAGAGACGCAGAUAUACAGUGUAAGUUUUCUCUUUUUGGCAAUCGUAUUUGCUUUGAAGGAGCCAACUAUCAGCUGGAUUUCACAGCAUAAGCGAUUUAUAGUCUUUGUUUUAUCAAGGCCUUAAAUGGGUGUUUUAUACUGAGCAGAUGGGAACCACAUUGAGCACUCUGUUUGACAUGAUUGCCUAAGGAAAGGAACUCCCUGAUGGAUCAUGGCGUUAAUGUUUACAGGACAUUUCUUAUUUUUAGCAUUAGUGAUGUUUGCUUUCUCAACUUUUGAGGAAUCUGUAAGCAAUUACUCUGACUGGGCAGUUUUCGCAGAUGAUAUAGAUCAGUUUAAGACACAGAAAGUGCAAGAUUUCAGAUCCAACCAAAAGCUGAAAAAAAGCAUGCUUCAUCCAAGUUUAUAUUUCGAUGCGGGAGAAAUCCAAGCAAUGAGACAAAAGUCUCGCACAAGCCAUUUGCAUCUUUUUAGAGCUAUCAGAAGUGCAGUGACAGUCAUGCUGUCCAACCCAACAUACUACCUACCUCCACCGAAGCAUGCUGAUUUUGCUGCCAAGUGGAAUGAAAUUUAUGGUAACAAUCUGCCUCCUUUAGCACUGUACUGUUUGUUAUGCCCAGAAGACAAGGUUGCCUUUGAAUUUGUCUUGGAAUAUAUGGACAGGAUGGUUGGCUACAAAGACUGGCUAGUUGAGAAUGCACCAGGGGAUGAGGUCCCAGUUGGCCAUUCCUUAACAGGCUUUGCCACUGCCUUUGACUUUUUAUAUAACUUACUAGAUGAUCAUCGAAGACAAAAAUACCUGGAGAAAAUAUGGGUGAUUACCGAGGAAAUGUAUGAAUAUUCCAAGGUCCGCUCAUGGGGCAAACAACUUCUUCAUAACCACCAAGCUACUAACAUGAUAGCACUGCUCACCGGGGCCUUGGUGACCGGGGUAGAAAGAGAAUCUAAAGUAAAUUUAUGGAAACAAGUUGUAGUAGAUAUGAUGGAAAAGACCAUGUUUCUGUUGAAUCAUAUUGUCGAUGGUUCUUUGGAUGAAGGUGUGGCGUAUGGGAGCUACACAGCUAAAUCAGUCACACAGUACGUUUUUCUGGCCCAGCGCCAUUUUAACAUCAACAACUUAGAUAAUAACUGGUUAAAAAUGCACUUUUGGUUCUAUUAUGCCACCCUUUUACCGGGCUUCCAAAGAACUGUGGGUAUAGCAGAUUCCAAUUAUAAUUGGUUUUAUGGUCCAGAGAGCCAGUUGGUUUUCUUGGAUAAGUUCAUCUUAAAGAAUGGAGCUGGUAAUUGGUUAGCUCAGCAAAUUAGAAGGCACCGACCUAAAGAUGGACCAAUGGUCCCCUCCACUGCCCAGAGGUGGAGUACUCUUCACACUGAAUACAUCUGGUAUGAUCCCCAGCUCACCCCACAGCCUCCUGCUGAAUAUGGUACUGCAAAAAUGCACACAUUCCCUAACUGGGGUGUUGUUACUUAUGGGGCUGGGUUGCCAAAUACCCAGACCAAUACCUUUGUGUCUUUUAAAUCUGGGAAACUAGGAGGUCGAGCUGUGUAUGACAUAGUUCACUUUCAGCCAUACUCUUGGAUUGACGGAUGGAGAAGCUUUAACCCAGGACAUGAGCAUCCAGAUCAGAACUCAUUUACUUUUGCUCCCAAUGGGCAAGUAUUUGUUUCCGAAGCUCUCUAUGGACCCAAGUUGAGCCACCUUAACAACGUAUUGGUGUUUGCGCCAUCACCCACGAGCCAGUGUAAUAAGCCCUGGGAAGGUCAACUGGGAGAAUGUGCACAGUGGCUCAAGUGGACCAGUGAGGAGGUUGGUGAUGCAGCAGGGGAAAUCAUUACUGCCUCUCAACAUGGGGAAAUGAUAUUUGUGAGUGGGGAGGCAGUGUCUGCUUACUCUUCUGCAAUGAAGCUGAAAAGCGUGUAUCGUGCUUUGCUUCUCCUAAAUUCUCAAACUUUGCUGGUUGUCGAUCACAUUGAGAAGCAAGAUGAUUCCCCAAUAAAAUCUGUCAGUGCCUUCUUUCAUAACCUGGAUAUUGAUUUUAAGUACAUCCCAUAUAGGUUUAUGAACAAGUAUAAUGGCGCCAUGAUGGACGUGUGGGAUGCACACUACAAAAUGUUUUGGUUUGAUCACCAUGGCAAUAGCCCCGUUGCUAGUAUACAGGAAGCAGAGCAAGCUGCUGAAUUUAAGAAACGGUGGACCCAGUUUGUUAACGUUACGUUUCAGAUGGAAUCCACAAUCACAAGAAUUGCCUAUGUCUUUCAUGGGCCAUAUGUCAAUGUUUCCAGCUGCAGAUUUACUGAUAAUUCCAACUCUGGACUUCAGAUUUCUCUCAACGUCAACAAUACUGAACAUGUUGUCUCCAUUGUAACUGACUACUACAACCUGAACACAAGAUUCAAUUACCUGGGAUUUGGUGGCUUUGCCAAUGUGGCUGAUCAGGGCCAAAUCACCCGAUUUGGUUUGGGCUCUCAAGCAAUAGUAAGGCCCAUAAGACAGGAUAAAGUUAUUUUCCCCUUUGGAUUUAAAUUUAAUAUAGCAAUUGGGUUGAUUUUGUGCAUUAGCUUGUUGAUUUUAACUUUUCAGUGGCGGUUUUACCUUUCUUUUAGAAAGCUAAUGCGAUGGAUCCUAAUACUUGUUGUUGUCUUGUGGUUUAUCGAGCUCCUGGAUGUGUGGAGCACUUGCACUCAGCCCAUCUGUGCAAAAUGGGCAAGGACGGAGAUGGAGGCCAGCACGAAGUCUGUGUCUUCCCAAGGGCACCACGUUGAUCGUCCCGAUGUUGUCAUUACCUCACUUCCUGGUUCAGGAGCUGAAAUUCUCAAACAACUAUUUUUCAACAGUAGUGAUUUUCUCUACAUCAGGGUUCCCACAGCCUACAUUGAUAUCCCUGAGACGGAAUUUGAAAUUGACUCCUUUGUAGACGCCUGCGAAUGGAAGGCAUCAGAUAUCCACAGUGUGCACUUCCGUCUACUCCGAGGCUGGCUGCAGUCUUUAGUCCAAGAUACAAAACUGCAUUUGCAAAACAUCCAUCUGCAUGAAUCCAGUAGGGGUAAACUGGCCCAAUAUUUUAUAGUGAAUAAGGACAAGAAAAGAAAAUCGAAGAGGAGAGAGUCUUUGUCGGAACAAAGAAGUAGAAUGAAAGGCGCCUUUGAUAGAGAUGCUGAAUACAUUAGGGCUUUGAGGAGACACCUGGUUUAUUUCCCGAGCGCACGGCCUGUGCUCAGUCUAAGCAGUGGGAGCUGGACCUUAAAGCUUCAUUUUUUUCAGGAAGUUUUGGGAUCUUCGCUGAGGGCAUUGUAUGUAGUAAGGGACCCUCGGGCGUGGAUUUAUUCAAUGCUGUACAGUAGCAAACCAAGUCUUUACUCUCUGAAGAAUAUACCAGAGCGCUUAGCUAAACUGUUUAAAGUAGAGGGAGGUAAAGGCAGAUGUAGCUUAAAUUCGGGCUAUGCUCUGGAGUAUGAAUCAUUAAGGAAAGAAUUAGCAAAACCCAAGUCCAACGCAGUCUCCCUGUUGUCUCAUUUGUGGUUGGCACACACAGCAGCAGCCCUGAGAAUAAACGCAGAUUUGCUACCUACCAGCUACCAGCUGAUCAAGUUUGAAGAUAUUGUGCAUUUCCCCCAGAAAACCACUGAAAGGAUUUUUGCCUUCCUUGGCAUCCCUUUGUCUCCUGCUAGUUUAAACCAAAUAUUGUUUGCCACUUCCACGAAACUUUUCAAUCUUCCCUAUGAAGGGGAAAUAUCACCAAGUAAUACUAAUGUUUGGAAACAAAACUUGCCUAGAGAUAAAAUUAAGCAGAUUGAAAACAUCUGCUGGACACUGAUGGACCGUCUAGGAUAUCCAAAGUUUAUGGACUGAGUGCUGCAGGUGAGGACCCAGGAGCAAAUCCCAGAGCCUCCAGCCAGAAACUCAGCCUCCCAAUGAAAAGUACACCUCUGCAUUGGGACCAAGUGCCACAGACCUGUGAGAGUGCGGCUCAUACUCUUGAGAGACAGGGAUUCCUUUGCUAUGGUUGGGGUUUUUUUGGAUAUUGCUGUCCACACCCUGCUAUGGUUCACUGUAUGUGAAUUAGAAAACACUAUUGUGUUGAUCCUGGAGUAUGCCAGCUCUGCUGCACCUGUGUAUCAAACCGUAGGCAUUAUGGAUAUGCAAAAUAGGUUCCUCUGUGAUAUUGAUCAGUUUCUGUGGCCAGAGGUGGGACUUAGCAUCAGAAUUCAUAUACUCACACAUUCUAUAAUCUGGUGCCAGACAUCAAAAAUCUGAAAGAUAUUAAAAUGAACACAAGAACACAUGUCAUCUACUCUGAGAAACUGCACAAUUAAUUUUGACUUUCCAUGAUCACAUUCUCCUGUUUCCACCAACUACCCCAGAGGUGAAUGUUUAUCCUGCAUUUUCUGUUUACCAUUCCCUGGAUUGUCUUUAUAGCUCCACCACACACGUCUCUCUCCUUAUCAACAUAUUGUAGAUUUUUUCAUGUUUUGCAACUUUUUGUAAACAGUAACAUAUUGCAUAUAUUAUUGUGCAACUUGCUUUGCUUUGCCCAAAAUUUUGUCUAAUGCAUCUUGAUUUUGUAGGUGGCCACUUAUUUUCAACAUGGUAGUGUUCCAUUAUAUGUAUAUGCCACUUUUUGAAUAUUCCAUACUUUAUCUUUCUUUUAUCCUGUUGAUGGAUUUGGAGAAUAUUUUUGCAAAUUCCAACAUUGUAUAAAAAAUUCUCAAGUAUGUUCUAUAUAUAAGAAUGUUCUGUCUUUUGUUUGUACCCGGAACCUUCCCACCCACUCCCACCCUAGCCUCCUCCCUAGUAUAUGUAUCCAGGGCUGAAAGCUCACCCUUGGCUAUGCUAGACAAUGCCAAGGUAUUAUUUCUCAGAUUGUCUGUACCAAUUGACACUCCAGCCAUCAUAGGAAAGUUUCUGUUGUUCCCAGUGUUCUCUUGUACUUGACAGUUUCAGAGUUUUUAAUACUUUCCUGUCUGGGUAUCACAUUUUUGUUUUCAUUUGCACUUUCUGACUAUUAAUGACAUAUAGCCUAUAGGCCCCUGAGCAUGAGCACAUGCACAUGUAUAGUCGUCCUUAUUGUUUUCCAUCUGUAGUUUGUAAAUGAAGUCCAUGUUCAUGUCUUUUAUCCAUUUUUCGAGUUCAUUUUUUCUUAUUAAUUCAUUGAAGUUCAUAUAUUAAUAAUAGAAUUUUUGUUAUAUGUGCUAUGAAUAACUUCUUUGCUUCUAUUUUCAUGAUCUUUGUACUAUGAUUUGUGCAAUCUAUUUUGCUACACAGGUGUCUUUGAUUUGAAUGUAAGCAAAUAUGUCAGUGUUUUCUUUUAUUAUUUAUAGUUUUUUGUCUUAUUAAAGAAUCUUUUCCAGAGUCUUGGCACUAAAAAUACCCUCCUCUAUUUUCCUCUAAACCUUUUAAUACUUUUAUUGGAUGUCUAUUGCUGUAUAACAAAAUUACCACAAACUUAAUGGCUUAAAACAACACACUGAUGAUGUCAGAGUUCCUGUGGGUAGGAAUCCAUGUGUUCAGUCUUUCACAAGGCUGCCAUCAGGCUGCUGGCUGGCACUGGGAUCUCAUCUGACACUCACCUGGAGAAGCAUCUGCUUCCCAGCUCCGUGGUUAUUGGCAAGAUCCAGUUCCUCGUGGGUUCUUGGACUAAAAGCCUUAGUUCUUUUCUAGCUUUUGGCUGAAGACCACCCUUAGUCAUGACCACAUGGGCUUCUCCAUAUGACAGUUUACUUCAUGAAAGCCAGGAUGGGAGCGAAUCAGUAGAGAAACUACUAACUACUAACAAUGUAGCUCAAUUGGAAGUGACACCCAAUCAGCGUUGGUUAGAAGCAAGUCACAGGUCCUCACACCCAAGGGAUUACAUAAGAUCACGAAUACCAGGUGUAACAAUGGGGGUCAUUUUAGAGCUUAUCUGCCAUAGAUUUUUGUCUUUUAAUAUUUCAGGAUUUAAUCUGCUUUAUGUUAAUUGUCCUGUUGAUUCUGAAUUUUUUUUCCUUAUGAAUAAACCUGUUAUCCUAGACUGAAAAGAUUGAAACCCCUUUCUUUCCCACUACCUUUCAAUGCUAUCACUACAACAUACCAGGUUGUCUAUUUUGUAUGAGUCUAUUUCUGAGCUCUCUACUUUAUUCCACUAGCAAAUUUGAUAAAGCCACUGACAAUACCACACUGUCUUAAUUACUAUAGUCAUUUUGUUAGCCUUGAAAUCUGGCAAGGCAAGUCUUUUUAUUUUCUUUUUCCUUAUUAUGUCUUAGAUUUUCUUAAGCCUUUGUUCUUACAUGUGCAUUUUAGACUUAGUUUGCACAGUUUCUCAAAGCUUACAAACAAGGUACAUGUUCAUUGUAAAUGCAUUAAAUCAACUUUGAGAGAAUUGACCUCUUUACAUUAAUUAAUCUCUGUUCAUGAGCAUGGUAUGUCUCUCCUAUAUAAUACUUAUUAAUCCUUUGAUAGAUGUCUCUGAGCACUUUAUAUUGUUAUUACAGUAGAUGACAUUUGUUAAUUAUAUGUUCAAUUAUAUAUAGAAAAAGAAUUGAUUUUUGUGUAUUUGUAUUAUAUCAGGGACCUUAUUAAUUCUUCUUACUAAUUUAAUAAUUGACUUGUAAAUUCUUUUGAAAUAAAUGGUUUUGCAAUUGUAAUUUAUGAGAAUUAUGGUAUUUCCUUCCUCUUACUCGUAACUUUUUAAUGUUCUUACUGCAUUUGUUAGGACCUCCUGUAAAAUACUGAAAGGAAUUGGUGAUAGUGAGUGUUCUUAUACUGUUCCUAUGUGAAUGCAGUGCUUCUAGAUAUCACCACUGAGCAAUGGAUGCGGUGUGUAUUUCAUAGACUCACCUUAUCUGGAUGUGGUACUCCUUUCUAGUCCUGCUUUGGUAAAUGACUUCUUAUCAUCAAUGUAUAAUAGGAUUUAUUCAGUGCUUCUGAUGCAUUUAUUGUGAUAGUUGUAUGUUUAUUUGCCUAUAUCUGUUAGUGUGAAAAUAUCUGUAUUAUAUGAAAAAAAUAUAUUUUAUUUUGAGAUUAAAUCAAACUUGGUUGGCUAUGAUAAAAUCAGCCUGAGAGUGAUUCAUUAUAUUUGUGUAUGUAGCUGGAUUGAGUUUGUUAAUAAUCAAUUGAAGAUGUUUACAUCAACCUUUGUAAUUUUCUCAUACUGUACUGAUCUAAUUUUGAAAUCAACAUUUCUUUCACAUAAAAUAAGUUGAAGAUG